CUCCGCCUCCUGCUUUCCGAGCGAGCUGACGUCCACUUCGAUGUCAGUGCAAAACUCACCUCUGUGUUUCUUUCCUAGGCUCCAUCAUCACCUCAGGAUGGAUAAAUGGGCGUGACCACGGGUGGUGGCGACGGGAAUUCCGAUGAAGGCCGAAAAUCUCCGCCGACAGAAGAAGAGAGCGGAUGGCUCCCAGAUGGCAUCGGGCUCGGGGACCGUCCACUUUCCGCCAUGUCCACGUCGGUUGGUGACGAACCCGGACGUGGAAGGAGCUCAAUAUUCCGUACUCCCGAAGGAGAGGGAAAUGGGAAGCUGGACGGGAAGAGGGUCAUCAUCAACGUCGGGGGUGUCAAGCACGAGGUUCUGUGGCGGACCGUGGAAAGACUACCUCACACUCGACUCGGUCGACUUCGUGAAUGCACCAGCCACGAAGCACUCAUGGAACUCUGCGAUGACUACUCGCUCGAAGAUAAUGAAUUCUUCUUCGACCGGCACCCACGUUCCUUUUCCUCGAUCUUAAACUUCUACCGAACCGGGAAAUUGCACAUAGUGGAGGAGAUGUGUGUGCUGGCAUUCGGUGAUGACCUGGAAUAUUGGGGCAUCGACGAGCUCUACAUAGAGUCCUGCUGCCAGCACAAAUAUCACCAGAGGAAAGAACACCUUUACGAAGAAAUGAGGAAGGAAAUGGAGAGCUUAAGACAAAGAGAUGAAGAGGAUUUUGGGGAAGGGAAGUUUGCUCACUACCAAAAGUUUCUCUGGGAUUUACUAGAGAAACCAACGACAUCCCUGGCAGCCCGAGUUGUGGCAGUGGUGUCAAUAUUAUUCAUUGUGCUCGCCACUAUCGCUCUCGUGCUCAAUACCAUCCCCACCCUUCAAGAGAUCGACGCGAUGGGGAAUCCCAAAGACAACAUGUACCUGGGUCGAGUUGAAGCUGUGUGCAUUGCCUGGUUCACCAUGGAGUACGUCUUGAGGUUUGCCUGUGCCCCCAACAAAUGGAUGUUCUUCAAAGGAGCGCUCAACGUCAUUGAUCUGUUAGCAAUCAUGCCAUACUACGUGACGCUGUUCAUCGAAACCAACAGUCAGACAGAUUCCUUCCAAGACGUCCGCAGAGUGGUACAAAUCUUCAGAAUCAUGAGGAUUCUCAGGAUCCUCAAGCUUGCCAGGCACUCGACAGGACUGCAAAGCUUGGGAUUCACCCUGAGGAACUCUUAUAAGGAACUCGGUUUGCUCAUGUUGUUUCUAGCCAUGGGUGUCUUAAUUUUCUCCAGCCUGUGUUAUUUCGCAGAAAAAGACGAACCCGGUACCAAGUACACAAGCAUUCCCGAGGCCUUCUGGUGGGCAGGAAUCACCAUGACGACAGUAGGCUACGGUGAUAUUUACCCAGAAACCGCUCUGGGGAGAAUGAUAGGGAGCAUCUGUUGCAUCUGUGGUGUUCUUGUUGUGGCUCUCCCCAUUCCCAUUAUCGUGAAUAACUUCGCGGAGUUCUACAAGAACCAGAUGAGGCGAGAGAAAGCGUUGAAGCGCCGCGAAGCCAUGGAACGAGCCAAACGAGAGGGAAGCAUUAUGUCCUUCCAACAUAUGAACCUCAAAGACGCCUUCGGGAAGAGCAUGGAACUGAUUGACGUCAUCGUGGAUACGGGUCACGAAAUCUCUGAAGUGGAUGCCAAUAGCAUGGGUGGGGAUAGUGUUCGUGCUGGUCACACAGGAACCGGGUGCUACAAGAAUCAUGAUCAUUCCCUGAAAAGGAACCGCCUGACGGAUUCUCCUCAAUCUGAAAGAGGCCACGGGGAAUUCCCCUUGGCUGCCUGCUCACCGGAGCAAGCCAAAAAAGACAGGAAAAGCGGGAAUAACGAGUUUCAAGGCUUCAAUGAUUGUUGCUUUUGCACAACU